CCGCGGACAUCCGGUUACCGCCAUUUUAGAGUGUUAUCUGCUCUCGGCGUGUUUCUUUGGACUCUCCCGAAUGGUUCGCUAUUUUUCCUGAAAAUUUCGCUAGUAUCUCUUUUAUUUUUCGCAUAACGUACUGCAGUAGGGUUAGUGAUUCGAGAUGAGUUACGGCAGACCUCCGCCCGACGUCGAGGGCAUGACAUCUUUAAAAGUCGACAAUCUGACGUACCGCACGUCCCCUGAAACGCUGCGGCGGGUUUUCGAAAAGUACGGCCGUGUCGGGGACGUCUACAUCCCGAGAGACCGGUACACGAAAGAGAGCCGCGGGUUCGCCUUCGUCCGUUUUCAUGAUAAGCGGGACGCGGAGGAUGCGAUGGACGCCAUGGACGGCGCGCUGCUGGACGGGCGCGAACUGCGCGUGCAGAUGGCGCGAUACGGGCGCCCGCCAGAUUCGCAUUACAGCCGCCGCGCCCCGCCGAGAAGGUACGGGGGACAUGGACGGAGAAGCCGAAGCCGUAGUCCUCGGCGCAGGAGGCACAGCAGGUCUAGGUCCAAGAGCAGGAGCCGGUCCCGUUCCCGUAGCCGAUCCCGCUACAGCCGAUCCAGGUCCAGGUCCUACUCCCGUUCCCGAUCUAGGUCCCGUUCCCGCUCCAAAACCCGCACACCACGCAGAAGCAAGUCCAAAUCGGCUUCCAGGUCCCGUUCAAGGUCUAAGUCCAAGUCUCGCUCCAGGAGCCGUACUCCCAGAUCCAACAAAGGAUCCAAAUCACGAUCCAGAUCGAGAAGCAGACCCAAAUCUCCAGGGGAUACUGGAGCCGCUGCUGAAUCCUGAAAUGUAGGUGAGCCUAAAGCUUUGUAUUAAAGUAUUAUAGGAAUAUUCUUGCAACUGGAGGAAUUUGUCAUCCAGGAAUUGUAAGGACAAGUGCAUCUUAAGUUAUUUAUUUUUUAAGUUAAAACCCCUCAGUAGUCCUGAACUUUUGAUUUUAAGCAGACCAGCUAAUGACCCCAAUAUAACUCAUGCUCGAAGUGGGGUAAAGUGAAGGCAUGCAUAGCUCACUGAUCACUUAAAAAUGGCUGCUUAAAAUUGUUUCUCCCCUCUACUUUUCUUUUUCUCCAAGUCCUUCAAGACAUCUGCAUAUGUAGUAGAUCGGUAGAUGCAUCACUUUAAAGGAGGUUUCAGGUUUUACCCAAAAUUAGUUUGAUGGAGCUGUUAUUCACAGCAUUUGUCUGGUAUCUCCGUUUCUGCAUGACCUUUUAAGGGUUUAUUUUUAAUUCACAUCCUAAAUCUCACAAUGGAUAUUUGAUUUGGAGCUGUCGUGGGUAUGAUACCGUAAGUAUAUUGUUUUGAAACGUGUACCAGCCAAAAUCCAUUGAUUUCAUCUAAAUGUGGAAUUCUUUCCUCCAAGCUGCUGAUUCCUGUUUGCAAAAGAGGAGUUUGGGGCAGUUUGAGAGCAGUUAGUGUGUGAUCCGACCAUUGGCUGCCUGCUGCUGAUUGGCGGUUGCUAUGGAGCAGGUCGGUCUCAUUGAGUGUUGAGGUGGUGUUGAGGUACGUCUGCAGGACAAUGGACUGAGACCUUUUCAUCAUCCUUGUCACAAACUCAUGUCUAUCGUGGCAUAGGCAAAAGCGGGAUGGAUAUGGGGUGUUCCCAGAGCUAGUUUAAGCUGUCAGGCUGCUGGGUGUCUGAUUUUAAUCAGGCCUGUAAUUUAGUACUUAAGUAAUUUUUUGUUAUUUAGUUAGCUUGUUCUAACUGCCAAUAAAUGAUACCUCAGCUUGCCGACACUUAAAGUGGCUAUGAGAAAUUUUCACCCUCAGGUUUGUUGGCUCUCUACCCAUGAGGUUUCUUGCAGAACAAACAUCAGGUACAUGAGGUUUCUUGCAGAACAAAAAUGAGGUCCAUAGAUUAAUUUUAAAUCUGGUUAGUUUCUCGUUAUGUGUGGAAAGAGUGCCUGUUUGUUCUGUAUAACUGAGGACCAGCUAUCGAGCGUUGCGUAAUAUGCAAUGCCUCGCUUUAUGACGAUUACUGUAGAACCUCCUCUGUUUUGCUCUUUGAAACUAACUUAAUUCUUCUUUUCUUCUAGAUGAUGUCAGCUGGUUGAAUCUUCGAAGAUCGCAUCGAACAGAUGUCCGUCUGAGGAUACCCAAAUUAUCCAUAUAUCAGACCGAAAGGUUAUUGUAAUUUGGUCUAAAUCUUUUAAAUGAUGAUUUUUGUUUUUUCCCUCUUUUUGUGUUGCCCACAAUUGUUUUUGUCAUACAUUUGAAUUCCAUGUGAUUUAUUAAAUGAUCUUUAUGCCUAAAUUGGCUACUAGGUGAAAUCACUUCUCUUCAUUUUUGGUAGUUUGCAUUUUUUUUUUUUUUCCCAGACUAAAAGUAAGUUCAUUUUAAUCAGUUUUUUUUUUUUUUUUGUUCUUAAUAAACAUUUAUUAAUGGACAAUUUUGGAUGUUGUGAAUAUUUCUUUGACCUUUAAAGGACUGGGUAGAGACUGUAAUUUGGCCACUAAAAAUCGUACUAUGUAAAACCGUGACAUCAUAAAGAUUGCUAACCGAGCAGGUGGUGUUAUGGUUUAAAUGGAAAAUUUCACAACAACAUGAUUCUAAUAUUCUCUCUUGUGUAUUUUCUAUGCACUAGGCGCAGUUGCGUAGCAGUUGAGUUUUGCUGGUUAGCUGUUAAGGUGGCGUGUUGCGGUGCAGAGUGCUUGGCUGUUUCCAGUAUUCUCCUGAUUGCUCCUGUGUAACGCCUUGAUUUGAUUUUCUUUCAAUUUUGGCUACAGCAUUUCUUUUUUGCAGAAAGAUCCUGUGCAAGUGCUUUUGUGAAAACCUAUAAGGCAGAUAUCUGAGCUUAUUUCACAUCUCCGGAAGUUCUAUAAUUUGUGACAUGCUCACUUGGUCGUAAUUUCCAUGUGAAUGAUAAUAAAGGUUUUUUUUUCUGA